UAUCUUAUACGCAAGGCAACCUUCGAAGCGGCUUUUUGGCCUGCCAGUUAGGUACCACACCAGCCGUACCACAGUCUACAUUAUUCAUAUCGAGCUUGAAUCAUGGUUCAUUGACUUGAUGCUGACUGUUCGGACGGUUUGAUGCGAGUUUUGAACGGGGCUCGCCGGUUUUCAUUUUGAAUUUAAUUAAUUAUAAAAGCACUUCUGGUGAGAAAAAAUGAAAUAUAUAUUAUUGCUCACUGUUGGCAUCCUGUUCUUAUCAGGAUGUUCUCACGGGCAGGAACCAGACGCAGGAGUAGGAGUGGGUACAGUAGAAGAAGUGACAUUAGAUGCUGAUCUAGGAGCAUCAAGAGAAGGAUCUCGCACAGAUGCGGAGGCCGUGCUGCGUGAGGAGGAAGCCAUUUCCCCCGACGAGCUGAGCGUGGCGCAGCAGCGAGAGAUUCGUGAGCGCGCGCAAAACUAUACCUUCCAGACCGAGGUCAACCGCAUGAUGAAGCUCAUCAUCAACUCGCUAUACAGGAACAAGGAGAUUUUCCUCCGUGAGCUGAUCUCGAACGCGUCAGACGCACUGGACAAGAUCCGACUACUGUCGCUCACGGACCGCAGCGUGCUGGAGAGCAACUCUGAGCUCAGCAUCCGCAUCAAGGCCGAGCCCGAGAAGCGGCUGCUUCACAUCAUCGACACCGGCAUCGGCAUGACAAAGAACGACCUCAUCAACAACCUGGGCACCAUCGCGAAGUCUGGCACUGCUGACUUCCUGUCGAAGAUGCAAGACACGGAGAAGGAGAGUUCGCAGGAGAUGAACGACAUGAUCGGGCAGUUCGGUGUGGGCUUCUACUCGGCGUUCCUGGUGGCGGAGCGAGUGACGGUGGUGUCGAAGCACAACGACGACCGGCAGCACGUAUGGACGUCGGACGCCAGCUCGUUCAGCGUGGCCGAAGACCCUCGCGGAGACACGCUGCAGCGCGGCACACAUCUUACGCUGCAUCUCAAGGAGGAGGCGGCCGACUACCUGCAGGCGGACACCAUCCGCUCGCUCGUCAAGAAGUACUCGCAGUUCAUUAACUUCCCCAUCUACCUGUGGGCCUCGCGCACCGAGACCGUCGACGUGGAGGAACCUGUCGACCCCGCCGCCCCCGCCGAUGACGACGAAGACGCGCAGGUGGAAGAUGCGACAGAAGAGAAAGAAGUAAAGAAAACGGAGAAGACUGUGUGGGAUUGGGAGCUGAUGAACGAUAACAAGCCGAUCUGGACGCGCAAACCUUCCGAAGUGUCGUCUGACGAGUACGACCAGUUCUACAAAAGCCUCACGAAGGACACCGCCACGCCGCUCGCCAAGGCCCACUUCGUGGCGGAGGGUGAGGUGACGUUCCGCGCUUUGCUGUUCGUGCCGCGCGUGCAGCCCGCCGACAGUUUCAACCGCUACGGCGCCAAGACAGACCACAUCAAGCUAUACGUGCGCCGAGUGUUCAUCACGGACGAGUUCAAUGACCUCGUGCCCAACUACCUGGCCUUCCUGCAAGGCAUUGUGGACUCGGAUGACCUGCCGCUGAAUGUGAGCCGCGAAACGCUGCAGCAGCACAAGCUAGUCAAGAUCAUCAAGAAGAAGCUCAUUCGCAAAGCACUCGACAUGCUCAAGAAGAUCCCCGCCGACGAGUACCAGCAUUUCUGGAAGGAGUACUCCACCAACGUGAAGCUGGGCGUUAUCGAGGACCCGUCCAACCGGUCGCGGCUUGCCAAGUUGCUGCGCUUCCACUCGUCUGCGGCGCCCGACAUGACCUUCCUGGAGGAGUACGUGACACGCAUGAAGCCGAGUCAGAAGCACAUCUACUACAUUGCCGGCGCCUCACGCGCGGAGGUGGAGCGGUCGCCGUUCGCCGAGCGGCUGGUGCGCCGUGGCUACGAGGUGCUGUACCUGACAGAAGCGGUGGACGAGUACUGCCUGUCCUCGCUGCCCGAGUUCGAUGGCUUCAAGUUCCAGAAUAUCGCCAAGGAAAUCUUCGAUCUGGAAGAGGGUGAAGAGCAGAAAGAACGGUUCGAGGCGGAACGCGCUCGGUUCGAGCCGCUCACCAAGUGGCUCGGCGAGAAGCUGGGCGCACACAUCACGCGGGCCGUCGUGUCGCGGCGACUGGCGAAGGCACCCGCCGCGCUGGCGGCCACGGCCUUCGGCUGGACCGGCAACAUGGAGCGGCUGGCCAUGUCCAACGCGCAUCAGAAAUCAGACGACGCGCAACGCAAGCACCACCUCGGACAGAAGAAGAUGCUGGAGAUCAACCCGCGCCACCCCGUGCUGCGCGAACUGCUGCGGCGCGUGGUCGAGGACCCCGACGACCGGCUGGCGCUCGACACGGCGCGCACGCUGCUGCGUACGGCCGCGCUGCGCUCCGGAUACAUGCUGCAGGAGGGUCAGUCGAUAGAGUUCGCGGAUACUGUGGAUAGCAUGCUGCAGCGGGCGCUUGGCCUGCCGCCUGAUGCGCAGCCCGAGGACGAGCCCGAGCCGGAGGCGGAGGCCGAGAGCGCAGAUGCCGUCGAAGGGGACGCCGAAGACCACGACGAACUGUAAUGUGCGCACGUGACGUGACGCGGCUCGCUGGACACGUGUUAUUUUAUAUAUAUUUGAUAGUGAACACAGUGUGAUGUCGGUUCCCGGCGGGACCGGGUCGCCCAUAUCGCCCGUGUUCUUCGGGUUCCUCAGUUUAUAAACGAGUGCGUUGUGUCGGUGAGCGAGCCGUCUGCGGCGCGGGUGAGAUGCCACGUGUUUUGCUAAGACUGCGUUAUUUUAUACUUGCGUGUGUAUGAGAUGAUAGAUGUAAAUAAAUUAUUAUAAUUUG